AUGGACAUCAAGUUUUGCAAGACCAACCUCUCAUUGAGCACAAGGAGUUGGAUGGGAGGUUCCAAUUCAAGUUCACCAUCCAUUGGCUGGCCCUCCAAGCUUCUCCUGCCCAACCCAGAGCUCACCACAGUAGUAAGGGGUGAGAACAUUGACUUCAGACCCCCUGUGUACACAUUAGUUGGGCAUGAGGAUGAUUUGCGAGAAGAGGAGCCUGAGCUCGAUCGAGCUGAGGAUCGAGCUGAGUCUCAAGCUGAGGAUCAGUCCAGGAGAGUGCGGAUUUGGGGAAAGCCAUUGAAAGAUGCAAAAGUCCAUGGACAAGAUGGUGAGCAAGAUCAAAAGUUUGGAGAAGAAGGUUUCUGGUUCUUCAAGCAAGAAGAAGAAGGUCCAAUGGCCCCCACAUUCCUAGGAGUAGAUCACUUCCUCACCACUCCAAGGAGGCUCCCUGCCCAAGAGCCUCACAGAGCCUCUUCUUUCGAGCCAAGGGAAGGAGAAGACAACUCGCAGAGAAGGAGGAAGACUUCCAAGGCCAGACGCUCCAGCUCGACCACCGGACUCGAUCGAGUCCAAACAGAGGAAACUCAACUCGAUCGAGCUGACGGUCGAGUUGACCUGGAGGAGCCCCAGUUUGAGAUCCGGGAUUUGAGUACGAUCCAACGCCUUACCAGGACUUCCCCAGUAGAUGGAACCCCUAUGGACAGUCGAGCAAGCCAGCUCCACCAAGGCCAAGGGAGCCACACACACUUUCGAUGA